GUUGCAGAGGCGCAUUUGUGUGAGCGGCCGUAGUGCGGGACGAAGGAGCGCAGCACAAGGGAGUGGAUUACUACUGCUUUAUAACUGAGGACCAUUGGGCUGAUUGGAGCAUUUUACAAGAGCUUUACCAUUCAUUUAGCCUAUUCUUUCGUUAAAGAGAACAAACAAAAGGAUUAAGAAAAGCUGAGCAAAGUCUAAUUGACCAUGGGAGUUCUAGAGACACAUCUCAUCAUUGGGAUUGUCUUACUAGGAGUAUUCUCAGAUGUUUCAAAACCAUGGCCAGUUAUUAAUUCAGAUAAAAAUGAAUUUAUACUGAACCCUCACUCUGAGUUCAACAUCACAUGUUUUGGAGAUCAGAGAGUUACGUGGGAUAAGCCAUUACCGAACAAUAUCAAUGUGUAUUCUGGAUUUAAUCACAGUACUUUGGCGAUUACUGAUGCCAUGAUCCAUAAUACACGUUACUACACCUGCUUGUAUGAGGAUGAUCCUGAUAACUCCUGGAUUGAUAUCUACAUUAAUGUUCCAGAUCCUGAGGUGCCAUUCGUGAAUGAUCCUGUAGUAGAAACAUAUGCCGACAUGGUUAGAAUCCCCUGUCGUGCUACAAAUCCACAUUCUCAAGUGAUUCUCAGAAACCUGCAGAAUGGGGAUGAGCUUUCUCUUUUAUAUGACCACAAAUAUGGUUUUGUUGGUACAUUAUCAGAAGGUCACUACGUCUGUGAGACAAGAGUGAACGGAAAAGCAAUGCAGAGCAUCGUUUAUAAUGUGACAAAUGAGAUGGAUGAUAGAAAUACACAUCAGAACCUGACCACAGAUGUGGAUGAACAAAAGGACUUCAGCAUAGAGCUGAGAGCCACUAUGGAGGUUUUAAAAGAGGGGGAUGCUUUCAAUCUCACCUGUGAAACUCCACCUGGACAUUCUUUCCUCCAGCAAUGGCUGCAUCCCCUAAAACAGGCUAGAGAGGCUAUUCCAAUGAAGUUAACUUUCCCAGACAAGGUUCAGUACAUCCUCAGCAUCCCAAAAGCCUCUGUUGUAGAUUCUGGACGCUAUGAGUGUGCUGUAACUGACCAACUCAGUGGACAUAACAAGUCCAUAACCCUGGGUAUCACAGUCCUCGAGAGCUCUUUUGUGGAAGUAGUAUCCAAUGGUAUUGGGCCAGUGGAGAAAGUAUCUCUUCUGGAGGACAAAGAGUUCACCAUUUACAUUGACUCUGACCCUGAACCAAAGGUCAGGUGGUUCAAAGAUGGCAUUUCAUUGGAUGACAGCUUCAUCUCCACCAAGACCACUCAUCUGCAAGACCUCAGGUAUGAGAGUAUUUUUGUUCUCCGCCACCCCAUUGAGGAGGACAGUGGCACCUAUGAGAUUGUUGCAUCUGUUGGCUCCAGGAGUUCAAGAUUUUCAUUCAAAAUCUUGGUUGAAGCCAUGUACCACUUGUCACCACUGAUGGUGCUGGCUCCAGUGAUGUGGCCCCAGAUGGACAGCAUGGAAGUGUCUCUUCACUCCACUUUCCGACUCACAUGUCGGGGUCAGGCAGAACUCUCCUGGCAUAGCCCUAUUUAUCUCCAAGAUCAGACCAACACUGAAAAGAAAGGACUCUUCAUAUCCACUGUGACUGUAAACAAUGCAACAGCCGCCCACACUGGAGAGUAUAUCUGCAACUACGAGGCCAGCAAUAACACUCAGGAGAGCACCAUCUACAUAUAUGUACCAGAUCCAAAUACACCGUUUGCACCAUCCAUGAGUCCCUUUGAGAACCAUGUGCUGUUGAAUCAUGAGGAAAUGGAAAUUCCAUGCCGUGUGACAGACCCCAGCACCAGCGUCUCUUUGGUUCACGUUGAGACCGAUCGGGUUUUGCCCAGCAUCUAUGACAGCAAGAAAGGUUUUGUUGGCCUCUUCAAUGCUGGGACAUACAUCUGCAAAGCCCUCAUUCAUGGACAGGAGCACUAUAGUAUAGAAUACAUUGUUCAUGGCUGGACAGGAGGCUCUGAGCUGAGAGUUGAGCUACGGGCAGAGAAGAGGGCUCUGCUGGUGGGUGAGACCAUCACUGUGGACUGUGUGGCCAGAGGCAGUGAGAUGCUGGAGGACCACUGGAAGUACCCUGGAAAACUGAGGAAUCAAGGAGUAAAAACAGUAAAGGAGAAUAAGAGAGACAUGGAGAUCUAUUAUACCCUCACAGUGUCUAAUGCCUCACCAAAAGACAGUGGAAUCUACGCCUGCUCCAUCACUGACAUUAUGAGCAACGAGAGCCAAACCAAACAGCUCACUAUUACAGUCUAUGAUCAGGAGUUUGUCCACUUGAAUCCAGUGUUUGGUGCAAUGGAGACUGCUAUCCUGGAUGAGGUGCGAGAGUUCAAGGUGGACAUUGAGUCAUUUCCCGCCCCAAAAGUGACAUGGUUAAAGGACGGCUCCAUUCUUGGAGACGUCGCUGCAGAAAUAAGCACCAACCUCCUGAAAAUCAGUGAGACCAGUUACCAGGGUGUGUUGACCCUGAUCAGGGCUAAAGCAGAGGACAGUGGGAACUAUACCGUCAGAGCAGAAAUAGAUGAUCUGACUACCAGCAACAGUUUCUACCUUCGGGUUAAAGUUCCGCCUGUGAUUGUGGAUCUGAUGGAUCUCCACCAUGGUUCUGCUGCAGGACAGGCAGUGGUUUGUACUGCUGCGGGUUCCCCCAUCCCUGACGUGGAGUGGUAUAUUUGCAAAAACAUUCAACACUGUGCCAACGAUUCCUCCCAGUGGUUGCCUCUUCAGACCAACUCUACAGACAUCUCGGUGGAAUUGCACUUCAAUAAGGACAACCACAUUGAGAGUCAGGUUGUCUUCGGCCAUCUUGAAAGCACGAUUGUUGUACGCUGUCUGGCCAGGAAUGACAUGGGCAUUGUUUCACGGGAAGUUAAACUAGUGUCAAAUGGUCCUCUUUCGGAGCUCACUGUGGCUGCUGCUGUUCUGGUGCUGCUGGUCAUUGUCAUCAUCUCACUCAUUGUGCUGGUCAUUAUCUGGAAACAGAAACCACGUUAUGAGAUCAGAUGGCGUGUUAUAGAGUCGGUCAGUCCUGACGGUCAUGAGUACAUCUAUGUGGAUCCCAUGCAGCUUCCAUAUGACACCCGCUGGGAGUUCUCCCGGGAUGGCCUUGUUCUCGGUCGUAUCCUGGGCUCUGGAGCAUUUGGGAAGGUGGUGGAGGGCACAGCUUAUGGAUUGAGUCGUUCUCAGCCAGUUAUGAAAGUAGCCGUGAAAAUGCUUAAACCAACAGCACGCUCCAGUGAGAAACAGGCUUUGAUGUCGGAACUGAAAAUUAUGACUCACCUGGGCCCUCACCUGAACAUUGUCAACCUGCUGGGAGCAUGCACCAAGUCAGGACCAAUCUACAUUAUCACAGAGUAUUGUUUUUAUGGAGACCUGGUGAACUACCUGCAAAAGAAUAGAGAUGGGUUUCUCAGCCACCACACAGAAAAGGACAAAAAAGAUCUUGACAUCUUUGGUAUCAACCCAGCCGAUGAGAGCAGCAGGAGCUACGUCAUCUUGUCGUUCGAGGGGAAAGGCGAUUAUAUGGACAUGAAGCAGGUGGACACCAUGCAGUAUGUCCCCAUGCUGGAAAUGAGUGAAGCUUCAAAAUAUUCUCCCAUCCAGAGAUCAGACUAUGAUCACCCUCCCUCUCACAGACCGUUCAACGAGAGUGCAGUUGAUAGUCUUCUCUUAGAUGACACCAAUGAAGGUCUGACAACAAUGGACCUCCUCAGUUUUACUUAUCAGGUGGCUCGAGGGAUGGAGUUCUUGGCCUCUAAGAAUUGUGUACACAGAGACUUGGCUGCACGCAAUGUCCUGCUGUCUCAAGGCAAGAUAGUGAAGAUAUGCGACUUUGGGCUGGCCAGAGACAUCAUGCAUGAUAACAACUAUGUCUCCAAAGGAAGUACCUUCCUUCCAGUGAAGUGGAUGGCUCCCGAGAGUAUUUUUGAUAACCUGUACACUACACUUAGUGAUGUCUGGUCUUAUGGUAUCUUACUAUGGGAGAUCUUCUCUCUUGGUGGGACUCCUUAUCCCGGUAUGGUUGUGGAUUCCAGCUUCUACAACAAGAUUAAGAGUGGAUACCGAAUGGCGCAACCCGAGCAUGCUUCCAGUAAUGUCUAUGAGCUUAUGAUAAAAUGCUGGAACAGUGAACCAGAGAAGAGACCGUCCUUCCACAGCAUGAGUGAGACAGUUGCCUCCUUGCUGCCCUCAGGAUAUAAGAGAAGCUACGAACGCGUGAAUCAUGACUUCCUGAAGAGCGACCACCCUGCUGUGACCCGAGUGCAGUGCCUUGACAAUGAUGAUGCGUACCUUGGUGUGCUCUACAAGAACCAGGGCAAAUUGAAGGAUCGCGAGAGUGGGUUUGAUGAACAGAGGCUCAGCUCUGACAGUGGCUACAUCAUUCCUCUGCCAGACCUCGACCCAUUGUCAAAUGAAGACUACAGCAAGAGGAACCGCCACAGCUCUCAGACAUCAGAUGAAAGCGCUAUUGACACGGGCUCUAGCAGCUCCAUGAACAAGCGUGAGGGAGAGACCCUGGAGGACAUCACCCUGCUGGAUGAGAUGUGCUUGGACUCAGGAGACCUGGUGGAGGACAGUUUCCUGUGAGAAAAAAAUGCAACAAGAGGGACACCCACAGACAAUAAUUGCAUUCUCCAGCUGCCUCCUAUUCAUUCCAAGUUGACUGAUCUCUCUCUGCAAUUUUCCCUCUAUUUUUCCUCAUCCCACUCUCUUGGAGCUUCCAGAAGAAAAAUACACUUUAAUGUGUGAAUGUCAUUGAGCAUGUCUAGGUUUUAUGGAUUGGACAUCGCUCUCCAAAGGUCUGGAGGAAUUAGAAGUGUAGCACAGGACGUUGCGAGUACUCUAGAUGGGGCUCAGUGACUCUUAUGGAGGGGGAGUGUGGGAGAUAUUUGAUUCUGCCUAUCACUCCUGUGUUUGUUACAUGUUUUGUGUGCAUGAUGGGUUUGUUUGGAACUUUAUUUUGACGGGCAUUCCGAUUAGCAAUAUCAACAAGAUCAUAUCAAAGACUUGAGUUCACAACUUCUACCUUCCAACGGUGUCCAUUUGCGCUUCAAAGAACCACUAUAUACAUUUAAAAACUGUGUCAACCUGGACUUUAUUUUGGAUCAGGCCUGUUUUUCCCUCACUCCCACAAUUUUACAGGAUUCAUCCUAUGUAACUUGAGGAGCAUCCUCUGAAAAGCACAAACCCUGAACUACAUAUAGAUUUUAUGUAACUAAUCAUAUAUCAUCAAUGUCUUAUUACGUGCAGCAGUUUGAAUUAUAUUUUUUUACUCUUUAGAAUAAAUAUGUGUAUUUUGUGAAUAUUGGGUUGGGGAGGGACAAAUUGUGUUGUUCUAAAUGAAGAAAAUGGUGAUUUUUGAGUCACAUUACAGUAGAUGCUGAUACAAUGCCAUUUAAGACAUCAUUAUAUCUGGCCAAAGUUUUUACCUGACUGUCCAUAGGGUAUAAAGCAGAGAACUUUCAGAUUUAAUAGCUAUUGUGUCAGUCUGAGGCAUUACUGAUAAUCAAAGCUUUGCCAGUAACAUUUGUAAACAUCAAUAAUUUAUCUGUGAAAAUCCUAGUGACUCCAGUAAGCAAGAGGUCUAGAGGGGAUAGUUCACCCAAAAAAGAAAAUUCUCUCAUCAUUUACUCACCCUCAUGUUAUCCCAAAUGUGUAUGACUUUCUUUCUUCUGCAGAACACAAACAAAUAUUUUUAGAAGAAUAUUUCAGCUCUUGGGUCCUCAAAAUGCAACUGAAUGGGUACCAAAAGUUCCAAAACAGACAAGGCAUCAUACAAAUAAUCCAUAUGACUCCAGUGGUUAAAUAUAUCUUUAGAAGUGAUAGGUGUUGUUUACAAACAUAUAAAUAUUUAAGUCCUUUUUUACUAUAAAUUCUCCCCCCUGCCCAGUAGGUGGCAAUAUAAGAAGAAAAAGGUGAGAGUGGAGAUUGGUUUUAAAAAAGAUCUAAAAUAUUUAUCUUAUUUUUGCAUGAACUAUCCCUUUAAUCAAAUGGAUAGAAUAAGCUGGAACAAUGUUUUUUAGUAUAAUGUUGGUUAACAUGUAUUUGUUGAUGUUUUUAAAUCGUUGAUCCAAAUGAAAUGGCUUAUUGCAUGGCUUAGAUAAUGAAUUGUCAUGUCAUUUUUGUGCUCUUGUCUAGUUUUCCAAACUUACUGCAGUAAUGCUGAUAAUUAAUUCCUUUAAACACACAAAAGAGGUAAGACAUUUUGUGAUUCAGUGAAAUAAAUUGCAGACUAGAAUGAUAUUGGCUUAAUUAAUAUAAUAUAGUUUAUGUUGUUAUACUGUAUAUGCUCAUGUUUGAAUGUCGGUACCUUUUUCUGCUUUCCCAGAGCCUUUUGAGUGGAUCUUACACAAGCAUUUAGUCAACUGCAAAUCAUGUCCUGGCAGAAGUGCCAACUCGCAGCUUUUUUAGAUUUAUGUUUCCCCUAAAGCAAAGUAAAUGAAAUUUGUAUUGUAAAUUUACAUUGAUAUUUACAGUCUACACAAGUCUACAUUUCAGCUAAAUCCUGUAGUCUUGAAGUAUCUUAGAAACACGUCAUUUAGAUUUGUUUUUGUUUGAUGUUAUACAUCACUGUUCAUUGUAAAUGUGUAUCAUUGUAUAUCAGGACUUAUCAGCAUAUCACUGCCUGCCCAACCGUCUUCUGUGGUCUGUUCCACUGGAAUGGCAAGAGGGGGAAAAAGCUGUUGCACUUUUAAAAAAUGUUUUUUAGAAUAUUGUAUUCUUGCAUUUCUUUGUUCUGCUUUUUUUAAUGUGUGUAGACUUUCCAAAUUUGUUCUGAUAAAAAAAGGUAAACUGUGUAUUUCUAAAGAAACAGUAGAGUAAAUGUUUUUGUUGCGCAAGGAGGGAAAAACAGGUAUGAAAUAUAUUCGAUGGUACAUUGUGUAUUUCUAGGUAGUUAUUCUAUUUUACAACUGUUAUCCUUUUGCAAUAAUAUGCAUUAAGACUAUGUACAUUAAGAAGAUUGAUAUUUCAAUAAAUGAGAUUUA